GUCUUCAAUCAAGGACAAAAUCAUCAAAGCAAAAGUAGUUUUUCUAAAACAUAUUUUCUAACCGUAUUUUUUAUCUUUAAUGAGUAAUUGAAUCCACAUUCCAGUAUGGUUUAAAUCCACUUUGUUUGGGGGCAUUGACCAGCAUUGACCAUAGCAUUGACUGCCUUCAGGUGCAAGAAAAGUCCUCCCACCUGGAGGGGAAAAUAAACAACACGUUGGCGCUCUCAAGCGGCAAAGAGCGGCGUUGCAGCACCCCUCCAGAGCAGUUAAGUUUCGGUUUCCAGACUGCAGAAGCGAUACCGACGAUCUCCUUCCAUAAAAACAAUCGUCAUCCCGGAAGCCGCCGCCCAGACUCUCGUUCAGGUGGAGAAGGACAGAAGGAAAGCGAUGGAAUCCGAGAUUUUAAAGUUCAUCUGUGACAAUCAGGGUGCAUCAGAUGCAGAGUUUUUGAAGUACAAUCUGUGUUUUGGUGACUCUAUCAGCGAGUACCUCUCCAACAAGGACAAGUUUGAGUUGUGUGACUUGAAUGGCCAACAAAAGGUGGUGGCCAGGACCAGACUGAAGCUGUGCAGGUUGAAGAACUGCCUGGGCACGUGCGGAGGCCUUCACCUGUGUAAAAACGUCCUCCUGACAGGAUCCUGCUCUUACUCUAGGCAGGGACGAGUUUGCCACUUCUCCCAUGAGUUGAACUCUGCACUCAAUGAAAGCCUGCUGAGGGAGCACGGCCUGGAGAGCCUGAGCCGGACAGAGCUGUGCACGCUGCUGCUGCAGAGCGAAGCCACGCUCCUGCCCUCUAUAUGCCAUGACUACAACAACGGCGAGGGAGAGUUUGGAAAGUGCAAAGACAUGGAUGGCUGCAAAAGGCUUCACGUGUGUGAGGCGUACCUGACCCGGGAGUGCAGCUGCUGGAAGACCCACGACUUUAACGCUCGUCAGCCAUUAAGAAAUCUGCGGCAUUAUGGGGUACCAGACUCCCUCAUCCCCUCAUUGAAGACCAUCUACGUCCACAAACGAGCAUUGUGGUUGGCUGACAAAAGAGCCCAAAGGGGCAAUCAGCACGCUGCUUCAGGCCACGCGGUCAGAAACCCUGAUGGUGGAUUGGAUUCCCAGAGAAGGCCGUUCCAACAGAGAGGCAGAGGUGGUAACAGGGGCAACAGAGGUGGUCGGGGCAGAGGAGCAGGAAGAAGCGCAGACAACCGUCAGAUCAAAGAGCGAACAGGCUCCCUUAGUGACAUCCUCGCCAACUUUGACGAUUUGGAUCUUUACAGAGGCGAUGGACAGACGAAUGUGGACGGUCACCUCAGCUCCUCCAACAGCGACAUUUCAGUUGCUACCAACGACACAGAUACAAGCAGUGAAAGUGGUCAGAGAUCACGCAGGAGACACAGGCCCAAUCUAAACAACCCCUCCAGGGGUGUUAGGGGCAGAGGCGGCAACAGGGGUAACCAUCAACCCUUCCAGAGAUCUAGAUCUACGGUAGACUUGACCGGUGCCGCCACCAGCUCCGAAGGAAAUGGUGAAAAUCGUCAGAACAAAGUAAAUCCCUCCAGAGAUAAAACUGAGAUAUGCAUGUACUUCAUUAAAGGAUUCUGCAAGCAUCAAGAAAAAUGCUUUAAAGCUCAUGACAUGAUGCCAUACAGAUGGCAGGUCCAGGAGGGGGAUCAGUGGAUCCAACUGCCUGAUAACGAAAACAUCGAGAAGGACUACUGCAACCCCCAAAACUCCUACAGCACCAACAGCCCACUUGUGCAUUUUGACACCAUGACCUCCGGAGAGAAGAAAGUACGACGACUCUCAACCCUAAAUUCUUUGAUUGAACCAAACUUCAUCCACACCACGGAAUGGCUUUGGUACUGGCAGGAUGAGAAUGGCAAAUGGAACCUCUAUGCUUCUGACAGCUCCAAUCACAGAGCAGCAGACAUCAACAGUGCACAGCUGGAGAGGAAAUUUCUGGACAACAGCAGAGACGUGGUGGAGUUUACCGCUGGAUCAAAUACAUAUUCUCUCAGCUUUCAGGACAUGAUCCAAACAAACAAGCGCUACGGUACUAAGAGGCUCGUGAGCAGACGCCCCCGAUUCAUCUCGGCUAUGGAGGUCAAAGAAGCAAAAAAGAGGAAGCCUCCAGUGAGUUCAGUAUCUGUGCCAAACCACUGGGACAAGAAACAGAUCCAUGAGAGUGGAUUUUCGAGAAUCCCGCUGCAGCGCUCUUCAGACGAAUUCAAGAGGAUGGAAGCACUUUUCUCUGAUACUAUGACGGGCUUUGAUAUCACAAAGAUAGAGAGGAUCCAGAACAAAUACCUGUGGGAAAUCUUUCAGCUGCAGAAAAACAAGAUGAAGACCCACAACGGCGGCUCUGAUGUGACUGAAAAGUUGCUCUUUCAUGGUACAGACAACAAACACAUAGACACCAUCUGUCGGGACAAUUUUGACUGGAGGAUCUGCGGCACUCACGGCACAGCUUAUGGCAAAGGCAGCUAUUUUGCCCGAGAUGCCAAAUACUCACACAGCUACACAGGCAAUGAUCAACUCAGAACCAUAUUCAUCUCUCACGUGCUGAUUGGAAGCUACACUAGGGGGUCUUCUGAGUACCGCCGGCCUCCGUCCAAAGACGGCGGAGACGUGAACUUCUAUGAUAGUUGUGUGGACAACGUCCAGAACCCCUCCAUUUUUGUUGUGUUUGAUAAGCCUCAGAUCUAUCCUGAGUACUUGAUCCAGUACAGAGCCACACAUCCACUUGUUGGCAUAGCCAGUCAAGCGUCAGUGUUCACUCAAGCUCCACGACCAACACUGCCGAACCCGCCCACUCUGCAGCCAAGCAGCAGCAUUACUGCAGCAACCAUGGCGCCGUCUUUUUACCACAGCUCGUCUCACUCCAGCACAUCGUCGACCCGACCCGCUACAUCUUCGCCCUCUCCGACCAUAUCACUGGUGUACAGGUCGCCAUACGCAUCCAGCAUGUCCUCGUCUUCAUCGUACCAGACCAGCCCAGUUCACCGACCCGUCCAGAAUACCUCGGCUUUCUCAUCCAGCACAUCCUCGUCUUCAUCGCACCAGACCAGCCCAGUUCACCGACCUGUCCAGAAUUCUUCCACUUUCUCAACAACACUGAGAGCAGAACCGGUGCGAAGACAGCAGGAUUCUUGUGUGGUUGCUUAAAAACAAAUGAAGAAAAUUCCCUGAACGCAUCGAUGAGCCUCUUUUCCGUUUAGUGUCAUCUGACAAGUGUGUGCUCUGAAAAUCCAAUCUGCAUUCUUCUCAAACUCGCAGCAUUUCUGCUGACCUUUAAACGUAGCAAAUAAAAAGAAUAAAAAAAAAAACAUGAAAUAAACUCGCUCACUAGAAUAGUGGGAUUAAUCUCGUAACGCUGAUGUAGGAGCUCUACUCGCUCUGCCUGUUCAAGGUUGAGACGUUGGCUCUUCAUUAGUGACCAUGAACGUUGUUGUUGCCUCUUUUGCCUCCAUAUGGAGUGUGAGUUUAAAAACUUCUAAAGAGUCUACGGGUGUACUGUUGGAUCUCUAAGCAAGCCUGCAGCGCAGCGUCUGACCACUAAUGGUUCGUUCUGUAAAAUCAUGCCGUAAGCUUCGUGAGCUAAAUCAGACCAUAAAAGUCAAAGGUUAUUGUGCUGAUUUAGCAAAGUUGCAAAACUUGUGUCGUUUUGGUAACCAACGGGAUGCUGGUUACCACAACAGCAGUGCAUCGUUCUAUGAACAUGAGGUUUAGGAAGAUGAGGAAAAUGAGAAAACCUCCUCUGACCUAACCUCGUCUUUAGUUUAGUUUUCCUUUUUUUUCCAGUUCCUGUACAGCAGGAUAACUUUAGUUUGAGUUUCUGAUGCAACACUAGUUUUUAUAAAACAGAACCAUACUUCAUUAACCAGUAGGGGGCAGUAGUGUCAGUGAAACUGCUUUCAAUCUCUAUCUUUGCAUUGAAUUUUUUCAUAAAAGUUGUCCACUUCAGCUUUCAACUUAGCUUGGGAGACUUUCUGUCAGAGUAAAUAUGACAGUUCAAGUGAAUCAGCUUUAAAUGACAUCUCCGUAUGAAUACUCACGUUUUUCCUGGAUUUAGUUUGUUGGAUGCUCGUUUUUCUAAAUUUGUUUUGAUUGCUUCACAUCUUUUUGGAAUUGUUGUGAUUUAGACUUUAAAUCAGGGGAUUUUGCAAUGGUUCUAAACUUUUUCAGAACCUGCUGUAUGGUCUAUUUUCAAAAUAAAUGUUCUUCAUCA